UAGUUGGUGCGUGACUUUUGUUCGAGGCGGACGUGUAGAGCGCAAGAGCGAACGUGAAUCUCGGCUUUGGUUGGCAAUUGGGCGAGCGAUGGCUUAGCUAGAUGUUCCAGAGGUCUAGCCAAGUUCAAUCGACGAUCCUGUGAUCCCAAGCGGUAGUGAACCUCCAUUCCAUACCCGGCUGCAAUAGCUCUCGAACGCCAAGUGUCACUGACGAUUACGCGAUAUGAGUUUUCCUAUUGUAUAUUCUCGGAAGAAACGAGUUUGAUUGGAUAGAAAAGUGCGCUAUUGGCCCCGGUCCCCAACCUACUAUCUCUCCCUACCCAACGCCCCCCACCCCGCGGUGUUCUUCUCGGCUAACAGCAUCGCGAGUGGAGUGCAUUCUGCUGCUAACGGUAAAACGAGUACUGGACCCGGCUAGAAGAACUGGCCCCAACUGGCCUAUUGCAGCAUCUACCAUAAUAAUAAGAGUGGUUCUUGCCCCGCGCUAAUCUCCUCAAUUUGUGCCUCUGCUCGAUGACGACGCCAAGUGCAACGCGGCUGGAUUGGUAGUAGAAUGCCAGUAGUGGAUAGUAGAUGCUAGCCAUCGAAUUUGUGUUUGAGAACGUUCUGCUGUGGCCCAAUUCGGAAUCGUGUCAAUUCGCUGUAGCUGUAGCUGGAGCAACAAUUUGGAGCAGGAACCGAGGAGCCCGGCGGGAAUAGGCGAAAUAGCGACAGCUCGACACUGCAGCGACACCAUCCGCAACCCCGUCACCCGGCACAGCUCCACCUCCAGAUGGCUCCCAGUGUGUGCGAGAUGGCCGGCCAGGGUCAAAGUGGUCCGGUGCCCCCGCAGAAAGCAGGCGGAUCCAACAGCUCGGGGACGAACAAGUGCGGAGCCAGCAGUCUCAAUGGAUCCCUGGCCUCCUACAAGAUCGGCGGCUCCGAACAGAGUUGGCCCCAGGCCCCAGUUUACAGCAAGGAAAAUCAACGUCCGCCUGUCUACAAUCCCGAGGACUACGUUCACUCGCUGCGGAAGUUCAUCAAGGCCAGCGGCUUGGCCAAGAAGCUAUCCAUAUACGAUGUGUGCACGGGUCCAACUCCGAAGGAGGAGGCCUCCAGAUCGGCCACCUUACCAGCCAAGCACUCGGAGUACAAAUCUCCCAUUCCUGCUCCGCCAGAAAACGACAGAGAGAUGUCCCUGCGUCAGUUUGGCUCCAUCACCGAUUUGCUGACCAAGUUGCGAGCUGAUCUGCGGGUGUCCUUUCCCAGCUUCGUUCAGGAGUUCGUGGGCACUCCAGCGGAUGGUAUUAGCCACUUGCUGGAAGUGCUGCGCGCCAUUCAAAUGGCCCAGGCCAGCAAUGCCCCUGCUCCAAUGCCAGGAGCCUCCAGCUCCUUGGCCAUGACCAGGAAUCCCCAAAGCUAUCAGCGCCGUGCUUUGCUGGACGAACUGUCUUGCCUGCAAUGUCUGAGCAUCUGUUGUUCGCGAUCUCUGGAUGCCAUAGCCCGUUUGGGAAACACACCCGUGGGUCUCAUGCCACUGGCUUCGUCGGCCACGGGUCAGGGCAUCCGAGCUCGAAUCCUGGCGCUCCAGUUGCUAGCCUCCGCCUGCGAUCGCCAGCCCUUCGGCAGCGGCAGUGGUGGUCAGAAGAUAGCCUCGGCUGGACACACAGCCGUAUCGGAUGCCAUGUCCACGUUGAGAUUAAGAUGCAGUGAACCAGUUCGCUUCCGCCUGCUGGUCGGUAUCCUCAACAGCGGCGGCGGCUCAGGCGAACUGCAGUGCGCGGGUGUUAAAUUUCUCAACACAUUCAUUGAGAGCGCCGUUAGCAUUCAGCAGCGUCUGUACAUCCAGGCUGAGCUCUUCCAGGCAGGAUUGGAUGCCAGCACCCUGGCUCGCACCAUCUCCUCCUCUUCGCCCUGGUUGGAUGCUCUGAAGAUCGAGGUGAAGCGCUUUAACGAACUCCACAUCGACGUGGACCAGAUGAUAACCCGGGCCAGGGACGCGGAGCGGGUGCGCAGCCAAAUGGUGAUCCUGGAGCGAAGGGUUCAGAUUCUGCACGAGGAGAAGGCCGUGCUCACGUCCAUGGAGCGGCGACUCCAAGAGCGUUGUGCCGAGCUGCAGCGGGAGAUCUUCCGGCUGCAGGGCACGCAGCAGCAGUCCAAAUUCAAGCCCGUGGAGUCCUCCCAUCAGCCAGUGGCGCUUCCUCGUCAGGUGCCGCCGCCCAAGAAGAACAAGCAGAACAGUUCGGAGCACGAGGACGAGGGCAUCAGCAGUUCGGAGACGGGCGCAUCCCUGAGUCCAGUGCCCAUCUUGGUCCUCCCCUCCAAGGCGAAGACAUCCCGAAAGGUUGUCGAGGAGGACGAGGACGACGCGGCAACCAUUGAGGAUGUCAUCGAGGAGCUGGACAACAUUGUGAGUGAGGCCGAGAAGCAGAUCAGCAGCCAGACGAGCAGUGUUUCCCGCUCGAAGAUGCGCCACCAUCGUCCGGUGGAGAAGGACAUUGUGCCGGUAAACAUAGUACCACAGCCACCCAGAAAAUCCCGGUCCUUGGCACAUCUGGUGCCCCGCACCGAUUGCUCCGAUCAGGAGGGAUCCGAUUAUGGAAUGGUGGUGCACCAACCAGGAGAUCCCGAUGCCGCCGAGCGACUGGCGGCCAUGCAGAGCUUCUUCGACGAAGUGGACUACGAUGCUCCAGAGACGGAUCAGCCCGCUGCCUACCAAAUGGAAUCACCCACGCCGGACAUGCCGGAGGCGAAUGCCACUGCCACGGCGUACAAUGCGAGCACAAAUCGCGAGUUGCUGGACGUGAUCAUGAAUGCGCGGCAUGACGAACACGAUCCCACAAUGCAGGCCCUGCGAAAAAGUGUCCAGGAUGCGGCGCCCGUGACCAUUCCCCAUCAUCCGGUGAAGGUUAAGGCCCCAGCACCACCGCCACCGACUCCGCCAGCCCAGCAGUUCAACGGGGUCUUCUUCAUGACCGGCAUGAACACACCUCAGAAGUACCCCAAGCCAGACAUCUCGGCUGCCCUGCAGGCACGAAGAGUCACCAAGAACGUGGAGCGUCUGGAGGCCGCCUUCGCCUCUGCGCAUCCGGAAGCCCUCAACGAAGCAGCCAUCGGCAGGGAGAAGUCGCGCAGCAAUCAGCAGAUAUACUUCACCAGUAACCUGGCGAUGAGGAUGCACGAUCACACUGGCUUUGCCAAUCCCAGCGGUGGGCAGAUGCAGGGUCCCACCCACCGCACUCGAUCCCACACCCAGGGUUCCAUGUCAAAGGUCACGGAUCUGCCGUCCGGCCUCUACUAAAACUAGAUGCUCUUAAAGAUUCUCCAGCUCCUGUGCAAUAGCAACCCACUCCUAGGUUACAAAGCCCAUUAGAUCAGAUCAGCGUAUUUAUAGAACACUUAAUGGUGUUUCCAUGCAUUAUAAUAAACACGUUUCUUAUGCAACAUCUCGAGAUAACUGCAGCCCAGACUAGAUUAGUUACGGUGGCAGCUUCAACCGGGUAUUUAGCCAGUAAGAUUAUCUAGUAGUUCAUGUCUAGCCUAAUUGAUUACAUUUCAUUGAAUAAAGUUUUCAAACUAAA